AACACUAAACGUGUCAGCUCUCUUCUGAUUAUGGUUCACACUGUGACCCACAUAAAGUCGACACAGAGUUGACCCGUGGCUUUCGACAUAAAAGAAGACCCGAAUUCAAGUGUGCAGAGAAGCAGGCCCACUGAGUGGAGACAGCCAGAGAGAGAGAGAGGAAAGACUUGAAAGAUGGAAGUGGAGGAGCCAGAUCUGGAUUUUGAGGAAUCAGAAGGCCUGCUCAACAGGGAAAGGAAACCCUCUGGUGAUGGUGAAGCUGAGUCCUCUGGCCUCGUCCCUGCUUAUCCAGUCUGUGUGCCACAAGGCCGAUGGGAAGAAAGAGGAGGAGAAGAGGAUAUCCAAGAGAAGUUGUUGCGUUUAUGUUGCACAGCAGAGGACAGCUUUGAGCAGACAAGUCCAAGCUCCAUGUUGGAGUACUGGUUGUACUCGGAUAACCAGCGCAACAUGGCCGACUGUCCCAUCAUCACCCCUCCUGCCACUCCAGUAACGCAUAGGCCUUGUCCCUUCAUGCCCGUUCCUAGUGCAGUGACGGCCGCUGCUUCUGCAGAGAGCUCUGUGGUUAAAUCCGUGGUGUCCGGCCCCGUGACUGACACCUGCGGUCCCAUUAGUUCUGUGUGCAGUCCCACCAGUUCAGCCUGGGACACUCUCAGAUCCACAUCUGACCGGGAUCCUGUCAGUGCUGCAGCUCACCUCCACCUGUUGGGAGAAUCCUUGUCCCUGAUUGGACACCAUCUUCAGGAGACAAAUAAAGCGGUGAGCAUGUCGAGCAGCGUGGCUCUGCUCUUGGACUCUCUGCUGUGUGCUCUGGCUCCUCUCCUCUGCCUCACCGCACAGAUACCAGAGCUGAAGAGCUGCACUCAGCACACACUGCCCUCCACUCUGGAAAACAUUUCCUAUCUGAUGCCCGGGCUGUGAGUGAUGACGACCCCGCUGACAGCACACAGCACAUUCUGAUACUGAAAGUACAUCUUGAAUCUGUUUUGAUGUACAACAAUAUUUGUUUGCACUAUAGAAAUUAUUUGAGUGAUAUCACAAUCAUGCAAGUUUACUUUAAUAUGUCGGGAUAGUUUCUUGUUUUUGUUGUUUGAU